AUGCUCCUCACGGACCUGAUCAAGAACACCGAGCCCACACAUGUAGACUAUCAGCCCCUUCGGGAUGCCCUGACUCAAAUUGAGACCACCGCGCGCCUGGUCAAUGAAACCCUGCGCCAGCACCAGUCCCUGGUCCGAGCCAUGUCCCUGCGCAAAUCCCUCUCCGGGCUGCCCUCCUCCGAGCCGCUGAUCAUCCCCGGGCGCAGCCUGCUGCUGGAUGGCGUCCUGAUGAAGGUCUGCCGGAAGACCGACCAACGGCGUGCCUUCUUCCUCUUCUCCGAUAUCCUGAUCUACGCCGCCCCGGCUGAGACCUUCUCCAGCCAGACCGGGGUCUUCACCGGCCUCGGCGGCGGCCCCGGCAUCUACGCCUUCAGCCUGCCGGAGCCAGGGACCCCGGCGGCCACCGCGCUUCAGGUCACCCUUCCAGCCGAGGAGGCCGUCUUGCCGACAUCCUCCCAGGCGUCUUACGUCCUGCGCAAGUGCUUCAAUUUGGCCUCGGUCACCGCGUCCAACGUGGAGCACGCCAGUGGAUCGGCCUUCGGCCUCUCGUCACCGGACAAGUCCUUCACCGUGGUGGCUCCCUCGCCCGAGAUCCGUGACGUCUGGGUCAAAGCCAUCCAGCUUGCCUGCUCGCAGUUCCGCCAGAACAUUCAGACCCUUCGGCCCACCACCGCCCUGUCGUCUUCAUCCAACAAGAGCGAGAACGAGUCGCGGCUCCUCUUCGGAGACAGCUUUGUCGCGCCGAUUUGGGUGCCAGACAGCCAUGCGUCCUCCUGCAUGGUCCCCGGCUGCGACACCACCUUCACGAUCGUCCGGCGGCGUCAUCAUUGCCGCUACUGCGGGAAGGUCGUCUGUCAGAAGUGCGCGCCCAAGCGCCCAGAGCCUCGGAUUUCCGCGGGCCACAUCCGCGUUUGUACACCCUGCCUGCCGCACCUGCUGCCGGCAUCCGGGCCCAAGAAGUCGGCCGCUGCCACGACGCCCUCCGCGGCCGGUGCCCCGGCGGCCGGCGGCGGUGGCACCAUCGGCCGACAGGCCGGCCUGGCCGGGAUCCUGGCAACCGGCGGCGGCGUCCCCCUCCCAGGCACCAUCGGCGGUGCCACUCUCGCGUCCACCGCUCCGCUGGAGGAUGAUUCCGAUGCGUCGGACAACUCGGAUGAUGAGUCUGGCGACGAGAUGCCCUCCAUGCCGCUGAGUGGCGGCGCCUCGAGUGCCUCGAACGCCGGUCGUGUUCCCCCGCCGAUCCCCGUGCGCCACUCGGUGAUUGGUCUCCCUACGAGCGCGUCCCAGCCGAAUGCAAUGGCAGCCCCCCCUGGCGCUGGCGCUGGCGCUGGCGCUGGCGCCGGCCCUGCCCGGGCCCCUGGCGCGUCGCCCCCGCCGAUUCCCUACCGUCGGUCGAUGGCAUUCCCGCCGAUGGCCCCUGUGCCAUCGGUGUCUGCAUCGUCGGCUCCCUCCUCCUCGGGCGGUGCGACCGGGCCGCACGUCGUGCGCACGGCCGCCGCCCCGCCACCAAUCCCCACCCGCACCAGCUCCGGCGCGGCUCUCCCGGCCCCAAGCGCGGAAUUCGCCCCACCCCCUGGAUUUGCCCCGCCACCGCCCACCUCCUCAGCCUGAGCGUCUCUCUCCCCUCCUCUGGCCCCCCCCCCCUCUCUCUCUCUC